AUGGCAGACUCCGCCGCUCCGCUGCCUUCGCAGCUAGACCAACAGCGCGACCGCCUCGUCCAGCAGCGUGAUGCGCUUUUCAGCCAGGUGGCCCAGCUCGAGGCUCGCGUACUCCAUGCCAAGUACGACGCGCUCCCGCUGCCACCGUCCGUGACAAGCCUGCGCGCCCUGCAAAAGUUUUACCCUUUGCUGGAUAUCCAGUCGUUCGACGCCGAGGAAGCCAACCGGUUCGCAGUCACGUUCGUCGUCGCUGGCGUCACGGUUUCUUUCCGGUACGUAACUUGCCAGGGCCGUGUCGAGAGCUUGCAGGUCCUGAAUGUGCUGCCCUCGCGUGUGCCGCUCCAGCGCCUGAUUCUACAUUGCCAGCAGACCUGCAAUCUGGCUUUCCUUCUCUCCGGAUGCUACGAAUACGCCCGGCUUCUCGACGCCAGAUCCCAACUGUGGAAGCGGCUCAGUCGGGAGCAUCCAUACCUCGCGUGCUCUGCCAGGUCACCCAAUACCUUGAUUCUGGAGAAUUCGGCCUAUGCCCUGAGCCUACAAAUACACUACCGCAUCGUGUUCGACCGCCUUCCUUUUCCUAGCUCACUCCUAUCUGUUACGCUCUCAAACGGCCCCCAACAUAUCCCACACGCGAACGACAUCUGUACCGGUCUCGUCAGGGAGUAUGGCAUCGACCACGGUUUACAACAAUUUAUAAAAGCAGUCCUACUCUAA